UAUGUAGAGCAGGGCCGCUCACCCGUGUCGCUUGAGCAGACCAAUGUCGCCAUCCGCCUCUUACGAGACGAGCUCAACAGCAGCCACGGCAUUGUGUCGGCGACGACCAUGUGUGCCUCUUUGCUUGUCUGCAAUCUUCAGCUCUUUGAAGGCUCGCCCUGGACCGGGUAUCUAGAGCUUAUGAUCAACCUCUACCGCCUGGAAGACGACCUAGCCUACCUCCAACCUGACCCCGAGUACGACCUGGCGUUGAGGCACCAGCUCGAGGUGCUCGCCAUGAUGGACAUUUCAUUCCUCGUGCUCAGCCGUGCCAGCGCCAGCGUCGGCAUGUGUUCACGAUUCUGCAAACUAAAAGAGUCGUGGGCAGGCGGCUGGUUGGCGGGCCUUAAGCCCGUGCUAGGGCUACCUCAGUCACUUGUCGACAUUCUGGCGCGCACGUCCGAGGGCACGGAAUCAUGCCUGGAGCAAGAUCUCUGGUAUUGGCCUGGGGAGGUCGGCCAUCUCCUACAGUACCAGCACUGGGAUGCCGCCCGGUGUGCGGCCAUCCUGCGCCUGCUAAGAUGUCACCCUUGUCUGCCAACAGACUCGACCAUCCCCUCGAGCGAGCUCCUCCUGUACCGUCUACUCAACUGCCUUCGAGUGCUGCAGAAUGCCGUGGGGCGACCCGAGUACGACGCCGUGCUCAGCAUGCGCGCAGCCAUUAUGGCAAUUUCAGAGGCGAGCCUAAUGGUCACCCUGCUGCGCAAACAUAAAGAGUGGGCGCAGUCGCUGCACCGCAUCCGCCAGCACCUGCUAGGCAGCGGUUCCGGCCCGACCCGCAUCACGGAGCUGCUGUUCGAGCUCCUUGAUGAGGCGUGGGAUACGGGCCAGGACGAGUUCGACCUCGAUGCACGGGCACGGGCACGCGGAAUCGAGAUCGCCAUCUUCUAAUAGGGUGUUGUCCAGAGCGCUGUAUAUAGCGCUGUCUAUUGCAUCUUCUAUGGAUGGGAAGCGAGUUUCACACGCUGGUUUCUGCUGGUGGAACCACAUCUACAGUGUCACGAUCCGACCUCCGGGGUCAACCGUAUAUUGGGCUUCGGGUUGCUGGUCUGAUAAGAUAGGUAAAACUCAGGCAAUACUACUCGUCGAAUGUCGUUGUUCUCAUAGGGUUACUUAGAAUAAAUACCGCUCU